CUAUGCCGAAGAAAGCUGGGCUGGGAUGAGUCACUUCCAUCAGAGCACCUCAACAGUUGGCAACAGUAGAAACAAGAACUACCCGAGAUAGAACAGUUUAGGGUGAAUAGGAGUAUCAAGCCCUAUGGUUUUGGAGAGGUAGUCAAAUACCAACUGCACCAUUUCUCGGAUGCAUCAGAAGUAGCUUACGGAGCGACAACUUAUUUGCAUAUGACAAACUCGGAAGGCGACAAGCGGUCUUGCCUUCUUUUGGCCAAGUCUCAUCUAGCCCCCCUGAAAAAGAUGACUAUACCAAGGUUGGAAUUGAUGGGUGCCACACUCUCCAUCAAACUUGAUGCGAUGGUUCGUAGAGAGUUAGAUGUGUCAUUAGAGGAUUCAGUAUUUUGGACAGACAGCACCAUAGUACUGCAGUAUGUGAAGAAUGAGGAGCGACGGUUUCUCACAUUCGUGGCAAAUAGAGUUGCAGUUAUCCAUAGCGGGUCAUCACCCAGUCAAUGGCAUCAUGUUGUGUCUAGGCUUAAUCCAGCCGAUGAUGUUUCAAGAGGACAAACAGCUGAGGAGCUGCUUACUAACAAGCGAUGGCUCUAUGGACCCGACUUCCUUUGCCUGGAAGAUAGUGAAUGGCCAAAAUCGCCAAGCCUGAGAGAUCUACCAGAUGAAGAUCCAGAGAUAAAGCCAGACAAGGAGGUGGUUACUGUAUGUGCUGUAAACAAGAUGGAACAGGUCGAUGUGGUAGACAGGUUGUUGAAGAGGCAUUCCUCAUGGCAUAGAUUGAAGAAGAAUGUGGCGUGGUUGCUGCAGGUAAAAAACUACUUGCGAGCCAAGGCAAGGAAGCAACCGACAGUAGACAUGCAGAAGCUACUGGCCGUAGAUGAGAUGACGAGAGCAGAGGAUGCUAUCAUUUUGUAUAUCCAGAGAGAGUCCUUUUGUGAAGAGUUGAAGUUCCUCCAGAAGGACAAGGUAGACUCCAGAAGGUCAAAGGACUACAUCAAGAAGACAAGUCCUUUAUACAAGCUUGACCCAGUGUUGUCCGCUGAUGGUAUCAUAAGGAUUGGUGGUCGUCUGAAGAACGCUCCAGUAGACGAGGGAGUGAAACGUCCGGCCGUGUUGCCUAAAGAUCACCAUGUAGUCACUCUGAUUGUCAGACAAUUCCAUCAAGAAUCGGGACACUCUGGAAGAGAGCACGUACUUUCCCUAUUGCGUCAAAGAUAUUGGUUGAUCAAGGCCAGGUCUACAGUCCGCAGUAUUUUGCGUGAUUGUUUUGGGUGUAGACGUCAAUCAGCCACACCAGUCGAGCAAAAGAUGGCAGAUCUGCCAUCUGACAGGGUCACGCCAAACAAGCCACCAUUCAGUUUUGUUGGAGUGGAUUGUUUUGGUCCGUUCAUGGUUAAACCAGGUCGAAGCUUGGUCAAACGCUAUGGGUGUAUCUUUACCUGUCUAGUUGUUCGAGCCGUUCAUAUUGAAGUCCUACAUACCAUGGAAGCGGAUUCUUUCAUCAACACGUUACAACGGUUCAUGUGUCGACGUGGAGAGCCGGAAGAGAUCAGGUCCGAUAACUGGUCCAACUUUGUGGGCGCCGAGAGAGAGCUUAGAGAAGCUACACAGUCCCUAGAUCAGCAGAAGGUCAAUGAGUUCCUCCUUCAGAAAGGGGUGAAGUGAAAAUUUAAUCCCCCUACGGCAUCGCAUAUGGGCGGAGUCUGGAAAAGGCAGAUUAGGACCACGCGAAAGCUGAUGAAUUCUCUCAUGAAAGAGCAAACCAUGUACGACGAGAGUUUGUCUACACUUAUGUGUCUGGUUGAGUCUAUCAUUGGAAGGCCGAUAACUACAGUGUCAGAUGAUGUGAAUGACCUAGAGCCGCUAACUCCCAAUCACUUACUUCUGCUUCGUGCAGGGCAUGUCCUGCCACCUGGGGUAUUCGACAAAAAAGAUAUGUAUGGAAAGAGGAGAUGGAGGCAGGUACAAUAAUUGGCCUAUCUUUUUUGGAGAAGAUGGAUUCGGGAGUACCUUCCUAUGCUGCAAGAAAGACAGAAAUGGUUUGAGCCAAAGAGGAAUAUCCAGGUUGGAGACUUGGUGCUUGUCGUUGAUAGUGACUUGCCAAGAAGUAAAUGGCUUCUAGGACGAGUUGUUGAAACACAUCAGGGAGGGGACCAGCUAGUCAGAUCAGCCAAGGUGAAGACAAUGUCAUCUACCUUGAUGAGACCAGUCCAGAAACUUUGUCUUCUGGAAACAGUAGAAAGAUCUGAAACAUAAAUUGGUUGUUGGCCUCUACAAGUGUUUUUGUUUGUUUUAUAUUGUGUUUUCCAGUACAUGUAGUUCCAAAGGUUAGAGUGUGUAGUACAAAUAGCUGAUGAUUCAUAUGAUUAGAUCCAGAAGCUUUUCUUUUGUGUGUGUAUAACUUGUGUUAUGAUGUAUAAUUGAAAACCCUAAACCACCAGUGGAAGUCAACUUAAAGGGGCACUCACAUUCUCCCUUAUUUUUUGUAUGAUUUAGGUAAAUGCCAUUUUGGGGUUGGUUGUGACAUUUAAGGGGUCGGGAUGUUGGGUCAGAAUGUUUCGUUUGUGUAAUAUGCUAAUUAGGUUAACUUUUUGUGUAUCUGUAUUCUUCGUCAAGAGAGGGCGCUAUUGCACACCACCCUGAAACAAGUCAGUUGGGUUAAAACGUUUAGAUAACGUCAAACUUUUCAUGUCAACGUCACUUUUCGUCACGCAAUUUGUUGUUUUGGACAGCCCAAAGUCAUUAAACCGUGUUACGUGUUACGUGCUUCAUGCUUCAUGUUUCGUGUCUACGUGAUUAAAGAUGCGAGUAUACUGUUGCUGAUACAU